UCUGUGUUUUUGUCGCAAAGAGGACCUACAGUGGAUCGCUUUUAUUUGACUGAAAGCUUAAGCCUACUCCCGUGGACUCUUAUCUGCCCUCUGACUGCUGGAGUCGACUUCCCUCCCCUUUUUAAUUACCAUUUUCAACGAUGCCAGAGCUCUCACAGGGGCGCCUGGAUGGGAAACAUCCUCUAUCACACAGGCAAUGCUGCACGAGCAGUGCAGGGAGGUUAUCUAAACCUAACACAUGUUUACGAUGAUGGGACCUCGGGCAGACACGAAAAAACAGCCAGAGGCAGCCAUGAACCCGCCACGCCGGACAUCAAGCCCUCCUCGCCGGACAUCAAGCCCUCCACGCCGGACAUCAAGCCCUCCACGCCGGACAUCAAGCCCUCCACGGAGACCAUCAAGUUCUCCUGAUGAUAGGCCCUCCACUGAGAGCGUGCAGAUGAACAACAGCAGCAACUCCGGCGUGAUCCUGGACAUCUCGGCUCUAAAGAUGGCGGAAGUGGACACGGAGGUGCCUCCUCUUCCACCUCGCUAUCGCUUCAGGGACUUACUGCUGGGGGACCAGACCUUUCAGAACGAUGACAGGUGGUUGGAGCAAUGA